GGUGGCAAGCAUGUCCGGCCUAAGAUGAUCGCAGCGGCAACGAACUAACGAAGAAGAAUUCUGUAAACGAGGCUACGACAUUUUUCUUUGCGUAACAAACAUAAACGUCUUACAGAAGACACUUUUUGGAAUUAAUUCAAGUGGUGUCUACAGAACGACAGGCUCAAAGACAAUUCUUUUCAGCGAGAUAUCAUCGUCGAGAUUUUGACUUGACUCACAUUUUCACCAGCUCCGAACGGAAUCGCUAUGGCUGAUGAUUUUGACGUGGAGGCCAUGCUGGAGGCGCCGUUCAGGAAGACUUCCCUAAUGAUAUCUCACCUCUACUCCCAUGAAUUCAUCUUUGAUUCCACUGUGAACUGUGAAAAAAAGGAAGGUAGUUAUUGUGCAUAUACUGAUGUACUGUGGUUCACCAUAGGAUUAAAGAUAUUUGCCCCAAACCACCCAGGCCCUAUUCGGUUACAACAAGAUGGCCACAGGAAGAUUCUAGUGUUUGCUCAUCUCCUCGAUACCUUUUAAUAAGAAGCACCAUUCACACACAUUCCUCUACUGUAAGUAAGCUAUGUUGAUCAACGUGCUCGUUUAACUUAUAAAUAUGAAUACUGCCUCUUUGCCUCAUUCAACUUGAAUGUGUAUCAGCAUCAUCGUUUUUGCAUGCUACACAAGAGCGGAUAUGUAGUACUUCAAUUGAAUGUAAAGUGACUUUGCACACAACAGUCAAGACGAAAUUACACUCAAGAUAAUAGUCUCUCGGGAGAGUUUUCUUUAAAAAUUGAUUUCAAAUAUCAAUUCAUUUUUUUUCUUGGGCGUCAAUAUUACUAAGAAGUGUGAAUCCCUGUUUGCUUCAGGGCAAGAUGUGUGACAGAGGUGGCAUCGAGCUCUUACAGUCCAAGAACGAAAAUGGGUGAAGAUCACUGGACUGACACCAACCACAAAGGAUCUCUUUUAGUGGCCCCGUGUCAUGCGUGGUCACAUGAUUAGGCACAAAUAGUGACAUCGGUACGACUUGUAAUAGGGGGAAGGGUUGAGAUGAGCUGCCAAUUGUCAGAGCUUCCACAACUCAGCUAAUAGUCGUGUUUGGGACACCCUCCAUCUUUGAAUAAGAUUACUUUGCAGCCAUGUAAAGAAAAGAAGCAGCAUUUGGGGGAAGGACACCUGUCCGGGCACAAAAGAAAGGCAUUUCCAAGUACUAUUAUUAAUUAAAAUAUUUCUGCAUUUUCUCUUGUCCCACCCCCUCCCCUUGUACCAUGACGCCUUGAAAUAUUGCGUCUUCGUCUUCAUGAUGUUCUUCUAUCAACCUUGCUUAGGAUGAGGUCAAGUCUUCUCAUGCAAACGGGCAUGAUGGCCAGAACAGGAAAAAGAGGCGAAGCAAGAGCAGAAGCCCAGGCUCCAAGAAAAAAAGGAGCCGAAGCAGAGACAGAAAGAAGGGCAAGAAAAGGAGCAGGAGCCGAGAAAGGAAGCGAAGCCGCAGCAGGGAACGCCACCGCAGCCGCUCUCGAAGCAGGGAGCGCGCUGGGCGCUACAAAGCCCGCAAAAGUCCAAUACGGAAACGUUCCAAAAGUCCUGUCAAAAAAGAGAAGAGUCCAGUCAGGCAACCAAUUGACAAUCUUACACCAGAGGAGCGAGAUGCCCGCACCGUUUUCUGCAUGCAACUGGCUGCCAGAAUCAGAGCUCGAGACCUGGAGGAUUUCUUCUCGGCUGUGGGAAAAGUAAGAGAUGUGAGAAUGAUAUCAGACCGGAAUUCCAGGAGAUCGAAAGGGAUCGCCUACAUUGAAUUUGUGGAGUCAUCUUCAGUUCCCCUGGCCAUCGGACUGACUGGCCAGCGCCUUUUGGGAGUGCCCAUUAUUGUCCAGGCCUCUCAGGCGGAGAAGAACAGAGCGGCCGCAGCCGCCAAUAAUCUUCAGAAGGGCAGCGCCGGUCCCAUGCGGCUGUACGUGGGCUCGCUGCAUUUUAACAUUACCGAGGAAAUGCUUCGAGGGAUCUUUGAACCUUUUGGAAAGAUUGAAGGAAUUCAGCUAAUGAUGGACAGUGAAACUGGCCGCUCCAAAGGAUAUGGCUUCAUAUCUUUUGCAGAUGCUGAGUGCGCAAAAAAGGCCUUAGAGCAACUGAAUGGCUUCGAGCUAGCCGGCCGGCCAAUGAAGGUAGGCCACGUUACAGAGCGUUCGGACGCAUCCACUGCGAGCUCCUUCCUGGACAAUGAUGAACUGGAACGGACAGGAAUCGACCUGGGAACCACAGGACGACUGCAACUCAUGGCGCGACUUGCUGAAGGAACUGGUCUAAAAAUUCCCCCUGCUGCUCAGCAGGCUUUACAGAUGACUGGCACAAUACCCUAUGGAAACCCUAUGGCCACACCAGCAGCUGUUCCAGCUCCUCCACCGAGCCAAGCUUUGAACCUUCCAUCUCAGCCACUGGCAACACACUGCCUUCAGUUAUCCAACCUCUUCAACCCACAAUCGGAAAAUGAUCCCAGCUGGGCCAUUGAGAUCCAAGAUGAUGUCAUUGAGGAGUGUAACAAGCAUGGAGGAGUGGUUCACAUUUAUGUUGACAAGAAUUCUGCUCAGGGGAAUGUGUAUGUGAAGUGCCCCUCCAUACCAGCAGCAAUGGCCUCUGUAAAUGCACUUCAUGGGCGCUGGUUUGCUGGAAAAAUGAUCAAGGCAGCCUAUGUUCCCUUACCAACGUAUCACAAUCUUUUCCCGGAUUCAGUAACAGCGAAGCAGCUCCUAAUGCCAACACGUCGAUAGUGAGAGAUGUCGCUUCCGGCUAUCAGUGUACAUAUAUUUCUUGCAUUGAUUAAAAUGUAUUUGAAAAGGUUGCAUUGAUGUUCAGUGGCUCAAGUUCGUAUAUACCCUUGAAAAGUGAGCAGUUUUGAGUUCGCGUUCAAAUUUGUGCUGUCAACGACCACUGAAGAAAUCUGCAGAUCUGUUUUGAGAUAAUCCUGUCAUAUCUGCUCGUUUCCUUCAGUAAUUUAGAAUGACAACAGGAUUAAACAAGUGUGCUGGGGCAUUGGGUCUCAAAAACCAAAAGUGUAUUGUCUACAAUAAUCCUUUGUAACUUUUUACAGCCAUAAUUUCAUUUUUAGUAUGAAAGCUCCCAAUA